AUGAUACUUCAAGACCUUGGCAUUCCUUACGAGAUUUUGGAAUCCUCUGAUCGUUGGGGUGGGCGUCUAUUCACGCAUCAUUUCUCCGACGAGGAACAUGAUUACUUUGACGUUGGCGCAAUGCGCUUUCCUGAUACGCCGUUGAUGAAGCGCACGUUCGAUCUCUUCGACCGCCUCGAUAUCAAACGCGGAGGAAAACUGAUUAAAUACAUUUAUCAGAAUCCUGAAAACGUUCUCUUUUACAAUUCUAUACGCAGGAAGCGCUCGGAUCCUGGUGUCUCAACAUCGGAUGAAUUCCAGAUCACUGACGUCCCCGAGAAAUACGGUCAAACCGGAUGGGAUAACCUUGUUGAUAAUGUUGUUGGCCCUUUUGCUAACGCUCUCGCGGACGAUGUCACUAACGGUGGGGACGAGGGGUGGAAGUUGAUGAUGCAAUACGACGUAUACUCUACCCGAGCCUACAUGGCAGGGAACCGUUCGGACACCAAACCAGAACUGGACAAGCUGCAAAUGAUGCCUUACCCACUAGGCGUUGUGAACUGGCUUGAGACAUUCGACACUUCAUCAGGUUCAUAUGAUGUUGCACUCUCUGAGGAAGUUUUGGACAGUCUUGCGUUUGCGUUUCCAGAAGAGGAUGCAAACGCAACUAUUGAUUGGUACUGUGUGGAUGGCGGGUCGAGUGUUAUCGCUGAUACCAUGGUUGCUAAACUCAACUUAACUCCAGGGGACAGGCUUUACCUUGACACUCCCGUUUCUGGUAUUGCACUUCUUAAAGAGCCAACUCCAACAGUUUCAGUCUCCCUAGACGAUGGCAGUCAACGCUCAUAUUCUCAUGUAAUUACCACGACUACACUUCCAUGCCUACGAACCAUGGAUCUCACCGGAGCAGAGCUCGACUACAUGCAAAAGUCAUCCCUCCGCGAGUUGGCAUACGGAGCAGCUACAAAGAUCGGUAUCAAGUUUAAGACGAAUUGGUGGGAGAACGACUUUGUCAUGAAGCAGCUCGGAGCGUUUGGAGCGAUUGUCGGUGGGCAGUCGCAAACAGACAACAUGGCUCGUACAAUUGUUUAUCCAUCGUAUGGCGCUUCUAGCGGCAGGAAGUCCACUGUGUUACUCGCCAGCUAUGCCUGGACAGCCGAUGCUCUUGCGCUUUCAGCACUCAUGGGUGACGACGAGAAAUCGAAGGCUUUGCUUAAGAGAAGAAUUUUGCAAGACCUUGUAGCCGUACACGGUUUCAAGCCUGAAGAAGGCUAUGCUUUCUUGGAGUUAGAGUACGUAGAGGCUUUCACGUGGAGCUGGGGAAGAAACCUUUACACGAUGGGUACCAAUUUUUUGAUGAUUUUUGACAAAAUCUGUGCAGGCGCGUAUGCACAAUUCGGGCCAGGUCAGUUUGCUGACCUUUACCAACACUUGACUCGCCCUGCCGCUGAAGGGAGGCUGCACUUCGCUGGGGAGGUGAUCAGUGAUCGGCAUGCCUGGGUGGUCGGUGCUCUUGAAGCAUCAUACAGGGCCGUUAAGGAGAUCAUUAUGCUGAGCUAUCCAGAGAAGCUGGAUGAAUUCGAACAGAGGUGGACACUGCAUGAUAAGGAGUGGGCAGACGGGUCCUUGGAGAGGCAGAUCCUUGUCUCGAUUCACCGUGUGUUUAAAGAUAAUUAA